GCUCAACCUGUUCUCAUUAUCUUAAUUCCCAGGAAUCUUUCUUGCAAAUCAGUCCAGGGAGUUAAUUUGUUUUUCACCAUAGAUAAAGUUGUUUGUUCAUUUGUUUAGGUCGUAGCUCAAGGAGAGUUGUAUGUCCUCUCUCUCUCUGCGUUUUCAGGCUGGAAUCAUUGGCAGCAGCUAGAGUCUCAGGACAUGAAUGUCCACUGAAGCGAAUGUCUUGGAGGGGUUGGUAGAACGUUGUUUUGUUGAUGAAGAGAAGAAUAAUGUCUGUAUGUGGGAUGACGGGACCAGGGCUUGGUCUGUCUGUGUUCCUGUUGGCUCUGCUUCAUCUUCAAUGCUCAGCCCUGAACAACUACUCUACGCUCCCAAAUAACGUAUCAGUGGCUGUUGGCAAGCCUGCUGCCUUCCAGUGUGGUGUGUCCCCUCCUAGACAACUCAACUUCACUCUCUAUGGUAGCCAUAGAAACAUAACCCUCAUCUGCCCAGGAGACCACACUGAGUAUCUGGCUGCCCAGUCAAUAAAAGGGUACUGUGAUAACACAGGUAAGGAGCUCUUUGCAAUAUGGCUUAUCAGUGGGACAUCCCGCUCUGACAACCACACACAUGUGGUAUGUGAGAGCUCAGGACGACCACUAGUGGAUGGAUACCUCUGGGUGUACGAGGACGGCAGUUACUUUGCCACCCUCAUUGGCUGCGUCAUUGGUGGUUUCUUUGGUAUCCUCAUCGUCUUUGGUCUGUCAUACACUGUGCUCAGGAGAUCUGAGAGGUUCCAGCUCUGUUUCAGGGGGAAAGAUCGUGAGGAUGACGUCACCACAAUGGUGACAAAGGAUUAAACACACACCUUUCAAUACUGUUGGAUUUACUUAUUCAGCUUCUUAAAGGUGGCACUUUGUGGGAGUUUCUGCAUAUGCAGAUUUUGAUUGUAAUUUCUAUUUUGUUUUACUGUUCUAUUAUUUGCUUAUCUAGCAGUAUGCAGUAUCUGAUACUGGCAUCAGUUUCUGUGUUUUUUAUCUUAUUAAAUGUAGCUAAACAUAGGAAGUUAAACAAAAUGUUGCAUUUUGAAAACUCCCAUAUAUCAUAUUCUCACCCAUACGUUUUUAGAUUUGUUUUGCCUUGGUUUGUUCAGUCGCAGUUCUACUAUUUGUCCAGCAGAGAGCAGCCAUGACAGUACAGAAACUGAAGUUCAAUGAUGCUGGGAUACUACUAAAGCGUUUUAAUAAUGUACUAUAAUUGUGCGUCUCUGACUUUUCCUCUACUCCGGGAUACUGAAGUUUAUGUUAAUUUUUUAUACUGCGUUUUAUAGCUCCAUUAAUUGUUUUACAGUUAUGCUGGCAGCCAGCUAACACCUGUUUUCACUGCAUAAACAAUAGAGAGCAGGACGUCUGAGUAGCUGUCUAAAGUGUUCCAGUGGAGGAUCAGUAGAGGUGGUGUGAUGUUGACUCAGCUGGGCUGCUAUGCUCUGGUAUGACUCUGACACGGACACAACUCACAUCACUUCAAAUCCCACAAUAUGCAUUGCUAAUUUGUUUAGAAUUACAUAUAUUCUUUGAGAUGUAUUUAUAUUUUUAUGCAUGCUCCUCAUCUUCAGAGUGGCUUGUCAGAGGACAUGGUCAAAUGCUCAAAGGCCCUUAGAUGGUUUGUUUAGUGACAAAUAUGCCUCCUAACAAGUAAGAGUAGUGUACGUUUUGAGUGUUCCAGCACGAGCGUGCUUGUGUCAGUGCAUGCAGGCAUACUUACAUACCAUACUUUUGUUUAAGUCUAAGCUAUGCACCGGAGUUGUGUCAGUGCAUGCAGGCAUACUUACAUACCAUACUUUUGUUUAAGUCUAAGCUAUGCACCGGAGUUGUGUCAGUGCAUGCAGGCAUACUUACAUACCAUACUUUUGUUUAAGUCUAAGCUAUGCACCGGAGUUGUGUCAGUGCAUGCAGGCAUACUUACAUACCAUACUUUUGUUUAAGUCUAAGCUAUGCACCGGAGUUGUGUCAGUGCAUGCAGGCAUACUUACAUACCAUACUUUUGUUUAAGUCUAAGCUAUGCACCGGAGUUGUGUCAGUGCAUGCAGGCAUACUUACAUACCAUACUUUUGUUUAAGUCUAAGCUAUGAACCGGAGUUGUGUCAGUGAUGAUGCAUUCAUAUUAUAUUAAUACAGUGUGUUCCAUUUGUAUUGGGGCAGUGAAACUUGUUGUUUUGGCUCUGUACACUUUGGAUUUUAAAUGAUUCAAUGACUAUGAUGUUAAAGUGCUGACUGUCAGCUUUAAUUUGAGGUUAUUUUCAUCCAUAUCGGGUGAACCGUUUAGAAAUGACAGCACUUUUUGGAAAUAAUCCCCCCAUUUGGACAAAUGCACUUAUAUGUGUAUUAAAGUAGUAGAAAGUUAAGUAUUUGGUCCCAUAUUCAUCGCACGCAAUGACCACAUCAAGCUUGUGACUCUGCAAAUUUGUUGAAUGCAUUUGUUGUUUGUUUUGGUUGUGUUUCAGAUUAUAUUGUGCCCAAUAUAAAUGAAUGGUCAAUAAUGUAUCGUGUCAUUUUGGAGUCACUUUAAUUGUAAAAUAAGAAUAAAAUAUGUUUCUAAAUAUUUCUGCAUUAAUGUGGAUGCUACCAUGAUUACGGAUAAUCCUGAAUGAAUUGUGAAUAAUGAUGAAUGAGAAAGUUACAGCCAUUAUUUACCAUUCCUAUGUAUUGGGUACAAAAUAAUCUGAAACACAACCAAAACAAACAACAAAUGCAUUCAAUAAAUGUGUAGAGUCACAAGCUUGAUGUGGUCAUUGUGUGCCAAAUACUUAACUUUUUACUACUUUCAUACACAUACAAGUACAUUUGUCGUAAUACUUUUGGUGCCUUAAAAUGGGGGAACUAUGUAGAAAAAGUGCUGUAAUUUCUAAAUGGUUCACCCGAUUUGGAUAAAAAUAUCCUCAAAUUAAAUAUGACACUCUGCACGUCAACCUCACAGUAAUGAUAUAAUUUCAAAUCCAAAGUGCUGGAGUACAGAGCCAAAACAAAAAAAAGUGUCACUGUCUCAAUACUAUUUUAAAGAGUUGUUGUGCAAAGAAGAGAGCAGGGUUUUUGUGGAGGGAAUGUCUUAUGUGUGUGUUGUACCUGUGUGUCAGCUUUACCCUUUGGAUAGCCCACCCUGACUGUCUCUUGUGUGAGUCUAUGACAACCCUUUCCCUGUGGCCACUGGUUCUGUAGACUAUGUAGCUGAGGUAUGUGUAAGGUACCCAAUUGUCAUACUUGAGUAAAAGUAAAGAUACUUUAAUAUGAAAGGACUCAAGUAAAAGUGAGUCACCCAGUAAAAUCCUACUUGAGUAAAAGUCUAAAAGUAUUUAGUUUUAAAUAUACUUAAGUAUCAAAAGUCAAUGUAAUCUCAAAAAUGUACUUAAGUAUCAAAAGUAAAAGUAUAAAUCAUUUCAAAUUCCUUUUAUAAAGCAAACCAGACGGCACUCAUAUUUUUAUUACAUAUUUGUUUUACAGAUAGCCAGGAGCACCCUCUUACACUCAGACGUAAUUUACAAACAAAGUAUUUUUGUUUAGUUGGUCUGCCAGAUCAGAGGCAGUACAUAUGACCAGGAACGUUGUCUUGAUAAAUGCGUGACUUGGACCAUUUUCCUGUACUGCUAAGCAUUCAAAAUGUAAUGAGUACUUUUGAGUGUCGGGGAAAAUGUAUGGAGUAAAAAGUACAUGAUUUUCUUUAGGAAUGUAGUGAAGUAAAAGUAUACAUUGUCAAAAAUAUACAUAAAUAGUAAAGUAAAGUACAGAUACCAAAGAAAAAACUAUGUAGGUAGUACUUUAAAGUAUUUUACAUCCAUGGGUAUGCAGGUAUGCAGUCUUCCAAUCAAUUAGUUUGCACUAUAUGGACAGUUUUGAACAUUGUGGAAAAGUUGUGUUGUCAUCAGUAAUAAAUGUCUUAAAACUA